AUGCAGCCCCCUCGCCGCAAGAAUAAUCCUCCUAUCUCAGAAACCACAACAACAAUGAAAGGCAAAAGGAACAACAGCAUUAGCAUCUCCAUUUUCGUGGUGGUGUUCUCCAUAUUCCUCUUUGGGGUUUUCAUGUACAACGAAGACGUGAAGUCAAUGGCCGAGUUCACGUUCUUGAGGCCUAAGGCUCAAGAUAUCCAAGAAGUUCAACCAGAACAAGAAGAAUCGGUUUCCACGAACUCAAGAACUCAACUUGAGAAACGCCAGGUCGAGGACUCUGAGGAAACUCAAGAACCGAUUGAUUUGAAAGCUGUUGUGGUAGAGGAGAAAGAAGACAAGAUGAUGGAAGAGUAUGACGAAGAAAAAGAAGAUGUGGUGUUGCCUCCAGAAGAGUGUGACUUGUUUACUGGGGAAUGGGUUCUUGACAACGUGACACAUCCUUUGUACAAAGAAGACCAAUGCGAAUUCCUCACUUCACAAGUCACUUGCAUGAGAAAUGGAAGACGUGAUUCUCUCUAUCAGAAUUGGAGAUGGCAGCCCAGAGAUUGCUCCUUGCCCAAGUUCAAACCAAGACUUUUGCUUGAGAAGCUUAGAGGGAAGAGGCUUAUGUUUGUCGGAGACUCAUUGAAUAGGAACCAAUGGGAAUCAAUGAUUUGUUUGGUCCAGUCUGCUGUUCCACAAGGCAAAAAGAGCUUGAGCAAGACUGGUUCUCUUUCAAUCUUCACAAUUGAGGAUUUCAAUGCUACGAUUGAGUUUUACUGGGCACCGUUCCUUGUAGAGUCAAACUCGGACGAUCCAAACUUGCACAGCAUAUUGAACCGUAUCAUCAUGCCUGAAUCCAUUGAAAAGCAUGCUGUGAAUUGGAAGAAUGUGGACUAUCUUAUCUUUAACACUUACAUAUGGUGGAUGAAUACUGCCGCUAUGAAAGUCUUACGAGGGUCGUUUGAUGAAGGAUCCACGGAGUACGACGAAGUCCCUCGCCCAAUAGCAUAUGCGAGAGUCCUCACCACGUGGUCCAAAUGGGUGGAAGACAACAUUGAUCCAAACAGCACCAAAGUUUUCUUCUCCAGCAUGUCCCCUCUUCAUAUUAAGAGUGAGGCUUGGAACAAUCCAGAUGGUAUAAAAUGUGCUAAGGAGACCACUCCAAUUCUCAGUAUGUCCAACACAUUACAGAUUGGCACGGAUAGAAGGCUUUUUGUGGUAGCCAACAAUGUGACACAGUCAAUGAAGGUGGUGCCAGUGAAGUUCCUUAACAUCACAACCUUGUCAGAGUUCAGAAAAGAUGCACACACCUCUGUUUACACCAUUCGCCAAGGAAAGAUGUUGACUCCAGAACAACAAGCUGAUCCUGCUACUUAUGCAGAUUGUAUCCAUUGGUGUCUACCUGGCUUACCUGACACAUGGAACGAAUUCCUUUACACACGUAUCAUCUCUCAAUCUUAA